AUGAGCACAAGCGACAAAACAAAGCUUUGCAGCAGCGGCAUGAGCAACACAUCGCGAACGACAACUUUCGUAAUCACUGCCCACUUGCUUGGGACGGACGACGAGGGUGCGAGUUCCCUGUGCAAUGCCUUCUUGAACACCUUCUCGAACCUCAGAUCCGGAAUAUUCAGAUGCCUGUUGGGAGUUGGCGCCAACGGUACGUUCAUUUCCAGGGUACCACAGUUUUUCCUGCUGUCUUGCCUUGCCUUGCCUUGCCUUGUAUGUGUGUAG